GCGUGAAUAAUUUACGACUGCUUUCUUUAACUGACGCACCGCCAAAAUAAUUAAGCUGCAUUAGGCUGAUUAAAAUUAAUUGUGUCCAGCAAAUAUAAGAGUAGGCACCGACGAGAGCGUCUGCCUAUCGACCUUCUCUGCGGUCGGCGGCGCUUUCCCCAUGGAGGCGCGCGCUCGGGGCGCACGGCACAGCCGCCUCCGCCGCUCAGUCUAUGGCUGGCAAGCGCGAGGGCUUCGUCCUGCAGCAUGUGAACCUGCUGCUCGGCGGGGCUAUGCUCGGUGGGCUGGUGCUGCUGGUCGUAUUGGCAUGCUGUUGCUGCAGGUACCAAACGGUACGCAAGGAAGUCCUUCGCACCCAGUCUUCCAGCGCAUACUGGUUAGGAAUGGAAGAGGACCCGCCCUGCAGCACGCCAGCCCAACAGCAAGCGCCGCCGCCACCUUACAUGGAAGCAUCAGGAAUGGUUCAACAACAGCCUGAAGAAGACGACCCACCGAGCUAUGAAAGUGCUGUUCACAUGUGAAAUAAUAUUUUGCAACUGCUUUUUUCACCAAAACCACCACUUGCCUUGAUGUUACUGAAUUGAACCAAGAGACAAAGAAGAUGGAUAGUUGUGUCUAGGAUAAAUUUAAUGUCCUAGACCUUAUUCGCUGUAGUAUUUAAAAGGAAGAUAGAUCAAAAUCGUUUUUAUCCUGACGUUAGACUUAUUUAGAGAGACGUGUACAAGAAAUCGAAAAGGGUAAAACCGCAAUAUUUGCACAUGAUGUCAUAACAUUUUUUCGCAAUUUUAGACAGAUUAACGCUUUUAAAUGUAAAGGCACGAUUAUGGAAUAAAUAUUAUGCUUGAAUUUGUAAAUGAAUUUAAA